AUGGGAAUAGAUAAUUUGCUCAAUUUUCUGAAACCAGCUUUGGUUGAAAGAUGUAUUACUUAUUAUCGUGGUAAAACUGCAGCAAUUGAUGCCAUGUCUUGGCUUUAUCGAGGGUGUUAUUCUUGUGCUCAUGAAUUAAAUCAAGAUAUCAAAACAAAUGAUUAUCUUUAUUAUGUUUAAAAAAUGGUAAUUAGAAUUGUUCUAAUAAUUAGUUGGUUAUGUUAAGAGAAUAUGAAAUAACUCCAAUAUUAGUAUUUGAUGGUCGAAAUUUAAGAGCUAAAGAGAAGACUGAAUAAAUGAGAAAGCAAAUAAAACAGCAAAAUUUAUUAAAAGCAAAAGAAUUAUCAGAAAGCGGAAAUUAAGAAGAGGCUAAAAAAUACUUUUAAAGAUGUUUAAAAAUACGAAAAUAAAUGAUGUACACUACAUUUGAUGUAUUGAAAGAAUUAGAAGUAUAAUACAUUAUAGCACCAUAUGAGGCUGAUUCUUAGAUUGCCCAUAUGUGUUUAAGUGGAUAGUGUGAUUUUGCAAUAACUGAAGAUGUAAUAAUUAAUUAUAUAUUUCAGAGUGAUUUAAUAUGUUAUUAAUGUCCUUUGAUUGUUUUUAAAUUGUAAAAUAAUGGAGCCUGUUUUGAAUUGGAAUUAUAAAAGUUGAGAGAAUCAAGAUAAAAUAGAGCACAUAUUAAAAGCGAUGAUAUACGAUAAUUUCUAGCUUUUAAGAAUGAAUAAUUGAUUGAUGUUUGUAUUAUGAGUGGAUGUGAUUAUGUCCCAUCUAUUAGAGGUAUGGGUAUAAGAAAAGCUAUUGAUUUUAUGUCUAAAUAUAAUGAUAUUAGUAAUGUAAUUAGUAAAUUGAAAAAGGUUAAAUAAUUUAUUGGUAAGAUACCUGAGGAAUAUGAAAAAAUAGUUAAAGCAACUAGAUUGAUCUUUUAAUUUUAAACAGUAUAUUGUACAAUUAAGAAAUAAUGGAUAUAAUUAAAUUAAGAGAAAUAUGAAGAUUUUAUCUCAAAACUUGAAUAAGAUCAAUUCUUACCUCUUAAUUAGAUUGAAUAAUUAGUGGGUGAAAAAAUCUAAGAAAAUCUGUAAGUUCAAUUUUGUAAUGGUGAUUUGGAUAUCAAGACUUUGAUUUUUAGAGAAAGAAUGAAAAUAGAUUUUAAUUAAUUAUUUAAAAGAAUUGAAAGGAGAUUAGAAAAUUCAAAGCAAUAAAUUGUAGAUAUUGAAGCUAAACAAAGAGUUUAAUAAUUUUUAUAAACUGCAGAUAUUGAUAAUUUACCAGAAUUUGUUGAAAAACCUGCAAAUGUUAUAAGAGAAUAGUAAUUUUUGGCACCAAAACGUACUUAGAUUUAAAAAGAAGAAUUGAAUAUAUUUUAGUUAUGUGAAGAGAUUUUUGAUUAAUAAGAAAAGAAUAAUUAAUAAAAUGUAGAUGAAUUAGAAAUAGUAUAAGGAGAAGAUGAUAAUGAAGAACUCUUUAAAACAAAAUAAAAGUAAGUUUAAAUUAUUUAGAAAAAUGAUGAUGAAGAAAUAAAUUCUAAUGAGAGUUCAUCUGAAUUCUUUAAUCCCUUUUAAAAUAAAUCCAAAAUUAUUAAUACAUAAUGCUUAAGUUAAGUAUAUAUUUAUUGUUAUUAUUAUAGAUAAAAAGCAAACCUACAUAAGAUCAAUCUACUUAAAAAAAAUAAUCAAUAAAAUCUAUAGAAAAAGCACUUAAAUAAACUUAAUCAACUAUAUUUAGUUUUGUGAAAAAGUGA